AUGAGCAUCGCACAAUUAUUACAAGCUGCAGAAUUCCUGGAAAGGAAAGACCGUGAGGCCGAACACGGGUAUGCAGCACCUGCAACACAUAUUCCAGAUGAUAUUACAAAAAGAAGAACAAAAUCCAAGAAAACCCAGGGAAAUCGGUCCACUCACAACGAAUUGGAAAAGAAUCGACGAGCUCACUUACGUCAUUGUCUGGAAAAUUUGAAAGACCUCGUGCCAUUGGGACAAGACUGUACCCGUCAUACUACAUUAGGAUUAUUAACCAAAGCAAAAUCUUUUAUCAAGACUCUAGAAGAAAAGGAAAAACGAAAUGCUCAGCUGCUAGAAAAACUAACAAAAGAUAAUGGAAAUCUUCAAAGACGAAUAGAGGAGUUAUCAGGAAUCCAGUGGUACCGGCCUGAACGGAGCAUUAGUGAAUGUAGCACCUCAACCAAUUCAACUAAUUCAGCUUCAGAAUCAGCUGAAACAUCUAUAAGUUCCAGUUCUCCAAUUAGUGGCUUGGAAGAUGAUGUGGAUAUCUUAGGUUAUAACAGUACGCAAAGUGAUGAUAGCGAGGAUCGGAGUAGCAUUGACAGUGAAGGGUACGUUAAUGGAACAGGACAGCUGUCCCUUGGAAACCGAACCCCAUCGUCACUAUGA